AUGCAGAAUCUCUCAGCAGUGACUGAGUUUAUCUUGCUUGGAAUCCCAUACACAGGAGGUCUGGAGACCAUGCUUUUAGUUCUGUUUUUAUUUUUUUACAUAUUCACUCUCACAGGAAACUUACUUAUCUUACUGGCAAUUGUAUCCUCCACUCGGCUUCACACUCCCAUGUACUUCUUCCUAUGCAAGCUGUCCGUUUGUGACAUAUUUUUCCCUUCUGUGAGUUCUCCCAAGAUGCUGCUCUACCUCUCAGGAAACAGCCCAGCCAUCUCCUAUGCCGGCUGUGUGUCCCAGCUCUUCUUCUACCACUUCCUGGGCUGCACUGAGUGUUUCUUGUACACGGUGAUGGCCUAUGACCGCUUUGUGGCCAUAUGUUACCCUCUACGCUAUUCAGUAAUCAUGAGUCACAGAAUAUGUGCAAUCCUGGCCACAGGGACAUCAUUUUUUGGCUGCAUUCAGGCCACAUUUCUAACUACUCUCACCUUCCAGUUGCCCUACUGUGGCCCCAAUGAGGUGGAUUAUUACUUCUGUGACAUCCCAGUGAUGCUGAAGCUGGCUUGUGCAGAUACAUCAGCCCUGGAGAUGGUUGGGUUCAUCAGUGUAGGCCUCAUGCCCCUCAGCUGCUUCCUCCUCAUCCUCACCUCCUACAGCUGCAUCGUCUGCUCCAUCCUGCAGAUCCGCUCUGCUGAGGGCCGACACAGAGCCUUCUCCACCUGCAGCGCCCACCUCAUGGCCAUCCUGCUCUCCUUUAUGCCAGUUGUCCUCAUUUACCUGCAGCCCACCCCCAACCCCUGGCUCAAUGCAGCUGUGCAGGUCCUGAACAACCUAGUCACACCCAUGCUGAAUCCACUAAUCUAUAGCCUGAGAAAUAAGGAAGUGAAAUGUUCUCUGAGGAAAGUUCUACAGAAAAGUCAGAAGCUAGGCUGGAGAGAUGGCUUAAAGGGAAUAUAUCGCUAUAAAGAUGGAGGAAAAUCCAAGACCAGUGAACUCCAACUUCAGGUCUUUGAGCAAGUUAUCAAACACUUGAAACCAUAUCAGAGAAGGGUCCAGCAAAAAGCAGAAGCAAAGAAAGUUUCUGGUCCAGGGCUCUGCAGUCCCCCUGGGAUGCCUGGAAGAGAAUCCUGUAAUACAGUCAUGGAUACACACUUCUUGGUUCCAGGGACCUCUAGCGGGCUUCAGAGUCAUGGAGCGGCAGCCCCUCAACAAAUGGGGUCUUGGCAAGGAGAUCUUGCUGGAGCCUCCAAAUUAAGAGAUCCCCUUCCAGAUAUUGACACAGCACCAUAUUUGGUGAAAAAGAUACUUAUUCAGGUUUGCAUACCAGAGCCAGGAGAGCUUCUGAAAGAUUCCUAA